UCAGGCUUGCUCGCAAGAUCCUCCUAGUUGGGACAGAGAGACGUCGAUGAAGCGGCGUUGUGUUAAUCUGGUGACGCGGAAUUGGGAGAAUGGGAUUUACGCACUGCGCCGCCUCAAUCCCGACGUGCAUCUCUUCUACCAGUCAAAAAAUGACGCAAAAGAAGUAACAGAGAUCAACGCGAUGGAUUCUGCAGCAUCAGCAGCAGAUGAUAGCAAGAAAACGAAGAGAUCUUCCUGUCCAAGGAUGCGUAGCCUGCGGCGGCUGCCUAGACCAAUCGCCAGAUUCGAUCCGUCGCCGGCCGGCCUAUGGAUCAAUGACGGCCUGGAGUGGUUCGAGCUGCUGGGCCCCCGCCGCAGCGAAAGCAGGGUCGUCAACGCCAACGUGGCCGGCGACACUGUGCUAUACGACGCCGACGAGGGCAUCAUCUUCAACCUGCCUUCGCUCCACGAGCCCAAGGGAAGCAACCCCGUCUGCCUCUCAAUCACCCACCCCGACGCCGAGGAAGACGCUCUCUACGUCAUGGACCGCUAUCCCGGCCGGGCGAGCACGGGCGGCCCCGGCAUGCCCUCCUGCUUCGAGGUGCUCGAGUACAGGCCCAGCUCCAGAUAUCUGGACGACAGCAUGAAGGGGUGGGGUUGGCGGGCUCUCCCGCCGCCGCCCUUCAUCCACGAGCACGGGUACGAGCCCACCAGGAUCACAUCAUACGCCGCCGUCGGGGACGGGACUACCUUGUGCAUCUCGUCGGACAGGAACGGCAUCGGCACCUACUGCUUUGACACGGUGGAGGCGGAUCCUCUAACUUAGAAAAGCAAAGUCACGGUG